AUGAUAAUAAAAUGUUUAAAUAUAACGAAAACAUUAACAAAAUCAAAUCGGUUUCAUUUAAUUCGAACUUAUUGCCAGAAUUCGAAUAAAAAUGAAGCAAAAUCAUUCAAAACGGUUGAUAAUCAUGAAGCAAAAUUGUUAGGUGUACUCAAUAAAUUCAAUAGCUGGGAGUCAUGCAAGCAUGUCUUAACGGAGACUAAUUUUAAUUUGAUUCAAAAAUGGAAGACUGAAAAUGGUGGCUCCAUUAAAAAUUUCGAUGAGAUUCCACAAAUUGAUGGAAUUAAUAAAGAAAUCUCUGAUGAUCUUCGCAAAUUCUGUGAAUCACAACUCCAAAUUGAUGGGAAAAAAUCAGACGAUGCAUUGAAUCAUGAGCAAUAUCUUAGCACUAGUUAUUCAAAUAGUUUAAUUGACGAUGCCAGCUUCUUUGCAAUGCAUCAUGCUGCAGAAGGUCCAAGUGACGAAACAAUUUUGGAAUUUGAGACUUUUUCACCGACACAAUCGGAUAACUCUAUGGAAAAACCGAAACCCGGCAGAUUAACGAUUAAGCCCGCCAUGGAUAAAGAUACCAAAUUUGACACAUUUACGUCAAUAUAUCAAGACAGUAUUGGCAUUGCGUGUGCUAAAUUUUCCGCUAAAGGUGGUGAAAUUUUUAAAGAUUGGAACAUGGGUUUUACUAUUGAAAAUUGGAAUUAUCUCAAAAUGGAUACAAGAUAUACAAAAAAUAUACUUUCGUUACACCAUAGAAUGAACGAUGUUAUCCAUAAAGUGCCCAAAAGCGAGAUUUAUCUCCUGGAUGACCACAUUAUCAUGCAGCGUUUUCAUAGACCGGUGCUACCAACUCAAAUAGCCGAUAUCUGUCAAUUGAACCAACAAGCGGCUUUUUUAAUCGGAUUCUUACAAGAGAAAGACGAAAAUUGCCCAAAUUUGUACCUCAUGAGCUAUAAAAAUGUUGGAAAAUAUUAUAAUAUGUCGAUGGGACAUGAGAUCGUUUCAAAUAUUAAUGUCACACAAAAUAUUUUACAUAAUCCGAACAUAACUCUUGACGUACAUUCGGCUAAGCCAAACAUUUUGGCAUUUGAAGUAAACAAAGACAUGAAAGACACAUAUUUCAAAUCGAAUUCGCUACAACGUGAAUGUUUGGGUAGAUCGUUGUUGCUCGGCCUAACAUUUUUACAGUUGCGUGUUGUCAACAAGAAAAAAAAAGCAAAAAAACGAAAAAAACUGAAAGAUUCUGCUGAAGAAAACAUCUAAAUUAUUUUAAUUCAGUGUUAAUAGAACAUCAUUUGAAUAUAGACACUUUUGUAGACAACUUCGGAGUGUUUCACAUAUUAACUGUAUAUAAAAAUUUAUUGAUUAAAAAAAAAUAUUUUUUUCUUUUCAUUAAUUCACAA